AUGCUCGACCACACGGCAUAUCCAGAGAUCGUAGACUGCAUCCUGUGUUAUUCCUCAUUCUCGACUCUUCUAGUCUUCCGGCUCACGUCGAAACACUUCCGCGACCAAGCCAACAAAAGGCUGCUGCCCCACGUCGUGUUGACAAAGUUCCCGGACAAAGGGUGGGGCUUUACGCUCCCGCCAUCGAGUGACCUGGCACCAGGAAGCAGAGUACCCCGCGAACCCUCCUUUGUGCGCACGCUCGAUCUCGCAAACUUUCCACCGGGCGACGACCUCGCAAGAUUUCCACCGGGCGAGAGACCAACGGAUGACACCAUCAAUCCCCUACAGGCGGGGGUCCACACCUUCCGCCGACUGGGCAACACGGCGCUGGCGUCCGGCCCGAGCCUGCUAUGGCGGGUGCACACCGUCGUCGACUUCAUCGACCUGUCGCAUGCGCGACCGCAAACCAGCAACAUUACAGUGAAUGGUGUUCCUCUGCCACAUAAGCAGAAGCGCCGCAUCCACCUCCCGCUCGACUCGCGCCGGCACGUCAUCCACCUCAAGUGGGACGCCAUGUCCACAACACAUCUGGAGACGAGUGUGCACGUGUUCGAACGGAUCGAGAAGGAGGGCCCGCCGUGGGACGAGGGCCAUCCCUACAAGCGCCUCGGUGCCGUGCGCGAGUUUGUCGUCGUCCUGGCGCCGACGUACGCCGACGACAUGGAGUGGGAGAUCCCGUUUCCCUCGGAUGAUACGGAAGGGACGACGCGUCCGCCGCUAAUGAAGACGGCCCCCAUCUUCGACCUCGUGGGCCAGCUCGUUCCGGCCCUAGUAGCUGGCGCGACUCUGACCGUCGUCGGCCUCGAGCGUGUGUCAUCGCGCCAGCUUGGAGGCAAGGCAUAUGGACUCGUCCGACCGGGUCGCGACGCAUCUUUCACAGCGUUCGAGGAAUCGACCAAGCAGCACUGGCGCAUUAUGGGCUGGAGCAAGGAGCAAAUCAACACAGCCGUCGGUGCGCUCCGCCUCGCCGACAUGGACGAGUGGCUGCUCGAGCUUGACGACAACAGGGCGGACAUCGAGGGGUCGUGGCCUGCUGGCUAUACGCACUACUGCGAGGGCUGGUCGGGCGUGUCCUCGAGCCCUGUCGGGUCGUGCGCCCAGUGUGCGCCGCCUGUCCCGCGGAACGCCGAGCAGGCGUCUCGGUGA